AGCGGCGCGGAGGUCGGUUCCGGGGGCGGGUGCCACCGGCGCGGGGCGGGAGCGCGGCCGCGGGGACCCCGUCGGGCAGCGCAGGCCCUCGGUCCCCCGCGCGGCCUACUUAAUCGCGACCGUUGUUGGGAGGGCCGAACCUCCGGCCGGUGUGUGCGAGCGGUGACACUGCCCGUCACUGAGCGGGAGCCGAGCCCACAGAAUUCAGGGGAUGUGACACGACGAUCGAACCCGACAGGGCCGAGCGGCGCCUCUCCGGACUCAGCAUGCUACAACGUAAGGGUCAUUCAUCUAAACAAGAUAACUUAGCAGUCACUGCAGUUGCUUUACAAGAUCACAUUUUACAUGACCUUCAACUUCGAAAUCUUUCAAUAGCAGAUCCUUCUAAGACAAAGGCACAACAGAGAGACACCAGAUCCAAGUCUCUAAAAAGAAAUACAAAAGCAGUAGUAGAUACUGGCCUUAAAACAACAGUACAAGGCCCUAAAGUGGAAGAUCCAGAAAAAGAAUAUGUUCUUGAUCCAAAACCACCACCAUUAACUUUAGCUCAGAAGUUGGGCCUGUUUGAACCUCCCCCAUUGCCACUAUCAUCAGAGGAAUGGGAAAAAGUGAAACAAAGAUCCAUCACGCAAGGGGACUCAACGCAGCCAUGCCCAAUCUGCAAAGAAGAAUUUGAACUUCGCCCCCAGGUGCUGCUUUCAUGUUCGCAUGUGUUUCACAGAGCAUGCCUCCAGGCUUUUGAAAAAUUCGCAAAUAAAAAAACCUGCCCCCUCUGUAGAAAGAAUCAGUACCAAACCAGAGUGAUUCACGACGGAGCGCGGCUGUUCAAAGUAAAGUGUGCGACAAGGAUCCAGGCCUCCUGGAGGGGACACGUGGUUAGGAAGUGGUACCGAGACCUGAGGAGAACAGUGCCGCCCACGGACGCCAAGUUGAGGAGAAAAUUCUUUGAAGGAAAGUUCACAGAAAUCAGCCGCCGCAUACUGUGCUCCUACAACACAAACAUAGAAGAGCUGUUUUCGGAAAUCGACCACUGCCUGGCCAUAAACCGAAGUGUUCUUCAGCAGCUGGAGGACAGGUGUGGCCACGAGCUCACCGAUGGAGACUGGGAGAAGAUCCAGAUCCGGGCUCUGCACCGGGAGACCCAUGAGUGUCCCAUCUGUCUCAACCCGCUCCCCACCAGCGGCGACCGUCGCCAGGACCCGGUGGAGAUGCUCUGCGGCCAGCCUUCCCGAGAGAUGGUCCUCCUGUCCUGCUCACAUGUGUUUCACCACACGUGUCUCCUUGCCCUGGAGGAGUUCUCCCUGGGAGACAGCUCUCCUUUCCAUGCCUGCCCCCUCUGCCGCUCUUGCUAUCAAAAGAAAAUUCUGGAAUGUUGAAUUCAUAGUCAGGGAAAACUAUCAUUCCUGGGGGGGACGUUUACCUUAAUUUUGGAUAAACUGUAUGGGUUUGGGGUUAAGUGCUAUGGUGUAAUCUGUUCUCCAACGAAACGUGUUUUUACUAGCUGUAUGUAGGAACCCUAAAUAUAUUUCUAGAGCUGACAACCUACCCAGUUUUAGUCUUUAGUCUAUAAAAAUUUCAAAGUGAUAAGCUUAAUCAGUUGAAACAAGUGAGGGAUGGAUAAAAGUCGAGUUUCAGAGGUUCCAUACUUGAGUGAUUUCCUGUGCUUCUUAGGUGAUCAGUUGGGAUUGCUCCUAGCAGCAAGAUCACUCUCGUCCCUUCGUGGUCAUCUGGUUACCUGGCCUGUCUCCACGGAGUUCUGGUUGACACUGGGUAGGGCCUGCCAGGAUGGCCUGUGCACGUGGCUGCAUACACACAGCGACCGGAUGCCCCACGAGCUGGGAACCUAAAAACACUCCUUAAAUUGUCUUAGAAACACUCCUUGCUAUUCCUAAUUCUCGUUUUGUACUAAUUGCUUUAUUUCUAUGUGAUAAGUGACUAUUGUACAUCAGCGCUUCUGAUAUGUGAACCCAAAGUAUAAAAAUAAAAUAUUCAGUGGCAUUCGGCACCAGGA